UGCUGCUGUGGGGACGACCGAGUAAUGGCAGCCUUGCUGAGACCUGCCCGGUGGCUCCUCCGCGCGGGGUCAGCCUCGCGUCUCCCGCUUUCCCUGCGUCUCCUCGCGGGCGGCCCGUGCCGGCGGCACGCUGCCCCAUGCCCGCCUGCCGCUCGCGCCGGGCCUGUCGGCGGAGGGCUACUGAGCCAAGCCAGGCUAUAUACCAUUGCUGCUGAAAAAAAGAAUGAUCUUCAAGAGGAGUCUGCUUCUUCUGCUAGAAAGAAUACCAGUCAAUUUGAUUGGGCUCUAAUGAGAUUAGAUAAUUCUGUCCGAAGAACUGGCCGCAUUCCAAAGACGCUUCUAGAAAAAGUCUUUGAUAGCACAUGCCGCUCAGGUAGUCCAAGUGGUAAUCAAGCCUUGCUUCUACUGCGCAGCUGUGGAUCUCUCUUGCCUGAACUAAAGCUCGAAGAGAGAACAGAAUUUGCUCAUUUGAUAUGGGAUAAACUUCAGAACUUGGGUACUGUAUAUGAUGUGAGUCACUACAAUGCUUUACUUAAAGUCUAUCUUCAAAAUGAACAUAAAUUCUCACCAACUGAUUUCCUGGCAAAAAUGGAGGAAGCAAACAUUCAGCCAAAUCGAGUAACAUACCAGAGGUUGAUUGCUGCUUAUUGUAAUGUAGGAGAUAUUGAAGGUGCCAGCAAGAUUCUUGGAUUUAUGAAAACUAAGGACCUUCCCAUCACGGAAGCAGUAUUCAGUGCCCUUGUUACAGGGCAUGCAAGAGCUGGAGAUAUGAAGAAAGCAGAAAAUAUUCUCACAGUGAUGAAAGAGGCUGGAAUUGAGCCUGGUCCAGACACAUACCUAGCAUUACUGAAUGCAUAUGCUGAGAAGGGUGACAUUGACCAUGUUAAGCAGACUCUGGAGAAGGUGGAGAAGUCUGAUCUUUACCUUAUGGACAGUGAUUUAUUGCAAGUAAUCCUUAGAUUUAGUAAAGCUGGGUAUCCUCAAUAUGUCUCAGAAAUUUUGGAAAAAAUUACUUAUGAAAGAAGAUGUAUUCCAGAUGCAAUGAACCUCAUUUUGCUUUUAGUCACUGAAAAAUUGGAAGAUACAGCAUUGCAAAUUUUAUUAACAUGUUCUAUAUCAAGGGAAGACAAUCUGAGUAACUUUGGCAGUUUCUUUUUACGACACUGUGUGACUAUGAAUACGCCUGUGGAGAAGCUGACAGAGUACUGUAGGAAGCUAAAGGAAGCACAGAUGCACUCAUCGGCUUUGCAGUUCACGCUUCAUUGUGCUUUGCUAACCAAUAAAACAGAUUUGGCAAAAGCUUUAUUGAAGGCUUUGAAGGAAGAAGGUUUUCCUGUCAGAACUCACUAUUUCUGGCCUUUGCUAGUUGGACAUCAGAAGGAGAAAAACGUUCAAGGUAUAAUUGACAUCCUGAAAGCAAUGCAUGAAAUGGGAGUACACCCUGAUUGGGAGACAUAUGUAAAUUAUGUAUUUCCAUCUUUUGAUAGUGUUAAGUCAGCACGUGCUGUUUUGCAGGAAAAUGGAUGUCUGCCUGAAAGUAGUGCGUUUCCUCAGGCUGAAUUGAGAAGUGAAGCAAUAAAUGGGAACUUAGACUAUAUCUUAUCAUUUUUGGAAUCAAAUACAUUGCCUUUUUCACUUAAUUCUUUGAGAAGCAGCCUAAUUCUAGGAUUUAGGAGGUCUAUGAAUAUAAAUCUUUGGAGCAAGAUAACAGAAUUGUUGUACAAGGAUGGACGUUAUUGCCGGGAGCCUCUAGGACCAACGGAAGCUGUUGGCUAUUUUCUUUAUAACUUGAUUGACAGCAUGAGUGACUCAGAGGUACAGGCCAAGGAGGAGCAUUUGAGACAAUACUUCCAUCAGCUGAAGGAGAUGAAUGUAAAAAUUCCUGAAAAUAUCUACAGAGGCAUUCGUAAUCUACUGAAUAGCUACCAUGUUCCUGAAUUGAUUAAGGAUGUUAAUAUGUUGGUUGAAAGAGAGAAGACAGAUUCUCAAAAAACUCUUCAACUUACAUCAUCUGAUUUGGAGUCUACACUUGAAAAACUAAAAGCUGCAAAUCAAUCUAUAAGAGAUGUCCUAAGGCAACUCAUUUUAAUGCUUUGUUCAGAAGAGAAUAUGCAAAAGGCCCUCGAGGUGAAAGCAAAAUAUGAAUCGGACAUGGUUGUCGGAGGCUAUGCAGCUUUAAUAAAUUUGUGUUGUCGACAUGAUAAUGCAGAAGAUGCAUUGAACUUGAAACAAGAAUUUGACCGUUUGUAUUCAUCCGCUGUCCUUGACACCAGCAAGUAUGUAGGCCUUGUAAAAGUAUUGGGAAAGCAUGGGAAGCUCCAAGAUGCUAUUACCAUUCUAAAGGAGAUGAAAGAGAAGGAUGUUCUCAUCCAAGAUGUAACAGUCUUGUCCUUCUUCCACAUCCUAAAUGGCGCAGCUUUAAGAGGUGAAAUUGAAACAGUAAAACAGUUGCAUGAAGCCAUUGUAACUCUAGGAUUAGCAAAACCAUCUGCCAGCAUAAGUUCUCCAUUGGUCACUGUAUACCUGGAAAAGGAUGACUUAUCUGCUGCUCUUGAAGUCACCAUUGACUGCUAUGAAAAGUAUAAAGUAUUACCAAGGAUUCAUGAUGUCUUAUGUAAACUGAUAGAGAAAGGCAAGACUGAUCUAAUUCAGAAAGCAAUGGACUUUGUGAGCCAACAAAAAGGUGAAAUGACAAUGCUUUAUGAUCUCUUCUUUGCCUUCCUACAAACAGGAAAUUACAAAGAGGCCAAGAAGAUCAUUGAGACUCCAGGCAUUAGAGCUCGACCUACAAGACUUCAGUGGUUUUGUGAUAGAUGUAUUACAAGUAAUCAGGUUGAAACUCUGGAAAAAUUAGUGGAGCUGACGCAGAAGCUAUUUGAAUGUGAUAGAGACCAUAUGUACUACAGCCUACUAAAACUGUACAAAAUAAAUGGUGACUGGCAAAGAGCUGAUACUGUCUGGAAUAAAAUGCAAGAAGAAAAUGUUAUUCCUCGUGAGAAGACAUUAAGAUUAUUAGCAGAAAUCCUUAGAAACAGUAAUCGGGAAGUUCCAUUUGAUGUGCCUGAGUUGUGGUAUGAACAUGAAAAACAUUCCCUGAAUUCUUCAUCACCCUCACCUGUAGAAACUAAGUUCCAGAAAGAUGUGCUGAAUGCCUGCCAACAGAAGAAAAACAGAGAUGCAUUUAAUAUUUUCCUGAAUGCAAAAGAGCAAGACAUUGUGUUUAACAGUGAAACUUACACCAGGCUUAUAAAAUUACUACUGUCAGAGGAGUGUCUUACACAAGCAAUGCAAGUGAAAGAUUUCGCUGAGACCCACAUCAAGGGCUUCACACUGAACGAUGCUGCCAACAGCCUCCUCAUCAUAACGCAAGUUAGGCGGGAUUAUUUGAAAGAGGCUCUGACAACGCUAAAAACAGCCUUAGAUCUGCAGCAGACCCCUUCUAGGGUAGCAGUGACUCGCCUUAUCCAGGCAUUUGCCUUGAAGGGUAAUGUUCAAAGCAUAGAAGAAAUUCAGAAGAUGGUAAAUGGACUCGAAGACUCCAUUGGACUUUCAAAUAUGGUUUUCAUCAAUAACAUUGCUUUGGCACAAAUAAAAAA